CUGAAAGAACAACAUCAAAAGAAUCAGACAAAAUAUCAUCUGUCACAACACAAAGCACCUCAGCACAAAACCCUCCACAUGUAACAACUGAGACACAGAGUGCAGCUGCAGACACAGGAUCAUCAACUGCUUUCAAACAGACUGCGGUGUCUACAUUCAGUGAAUCAGUGUCUGAUCACAACAGAAAUAAAUCAACUUCAUUGCAAUCAUCGACUCAAACGAUAGAUGAAACAAAUGAAUCAGAGAAUCAGACUGAACACGCAUCACCUCCAACGACCAAAUCAAGAGAGAUUCCAAGAACACAACAACCUCCAAUUACUGGAUCAACAACAGUUCAAGAAAACACAAAAAGUAAGUCAAUAUCCCUGUCUACACUUGACAGGAGACAAACAGAGCACAGUGGCACACAAACAAAUUAUACUCCACCAGUGACCAUCAAUCAAACUUCUACCACAACUGCAAAGCAACCUGUUGGAUCUAUAACAACUCAAGGAAGCGCAGACUCCAGGUCAAUCUAUAUGUCAGCACAAACGUCAGCUAAGAAAACAAGCAUAACACCUGCAACAACUAAAUCAAACACUCAGGAUACAGCAACAUCAUCCUCAACAACUGAACCACACACUACAACGACAGCAGCAACUACUGAAAAACAACCUACAACUACAAAACAAACCGUCAGUUCAGCAACAACAGUUUCGUCGACGACUUUGACAAUCACAGCACAAGCAGCGACAAACGCCAAUUAUGACACCUCAUCAACAGCCGGACAGGCAUCACCCACAGCUUCUACACAAAGCAAAGAAUUAUCAACCCAGCUACCAGCACAAGUUGGAGAGAAGACUACAGGGAAACAAGAGGCAGGACGAACAACGGGAACUACAGUGAACACCACACCACACACCACAGCAUCUUUAUUUACAUCUGCUCAAGAAACUACACAAACAGCUGCACACACAAUUACCCAUGAGGCACCAGAGACGGCAUCAGCAGCAUGGACAACGGAUCAGCACUCAUCCGCAUCGCAAAGUUCAGGAUCUUCCAGUUCACAACAACAACCUCAAAGUGCCUCACUGGUCCCAGUUAGCACAUCAAGAAGCACUUCAUCUUCAGUCCCAGCGCAGAGUUCAUCCCAUUCCACAGCAGAAGAAGCUCGUUCAAGUGCUUCCCCUCAGGUUAACGGGACUACAAAUAUGGAGAAGGCUACGGUGAAAUCCACAGCAGCCGAGCAUGGAAGCACAGAGACAACAGACUCCAAUUUAUACACAUCAUCAGCUGACCUCAGGCACGCAAACACAACGCAACUGGAAUACGAUGCAAGAACUUUGCCUGUUUCUCGAAACAGGACUGUGUUUUUCAAACACAGUCCGAGGGUUGUUAUUGUGGAGCCUUUAGUCUUUCAUUAUCCAGUCGUGGAGCGCAUCACGUUUUUAUCAAACGAUACAGACGAAACUGAUGGAACAACAAACCUAAUCGUAACAAGGUUUCCCAAUGGUACAAAAUGAUGAAGACAAAUUACUCGUUAAAACAUUUAUCAUAUGUUGAUGUAAAGUAAUAUUUGAGUUAAAAUUUUAUUGGGACGGUUUCUCAUAAUCUCUUUUGUUCUGUGGAGAUGUUGCGACGGCUCAGGACUUUAAAUUUAGUUCAAAAGAGCAACCUAAAUCUGGAGAGCCAAUAGGAGUACUCGCAAUAAAACUUGGUGUGGGCAUUUUACAACAUGUAGGCCACAUCCAGCUCUUUAGUUGUUCCAGACUGGCCUGCAGUGGUUAAUAGGUUAGCAAUAAAUAAAUAAAUAAAUAAAUAAAUAAAUAAAUAAAUAAAUAAAUAAAUAAAUAAAUAAAGUUUAUUUUGUAGA